AUGGAGGAGAAUUACAGUCCCUUCACUGGUUACCAGGCGCCGCGGCACCAACAACAGAGCUAUCGCAACAACGGCAGCGCUGUGGGUCGAGGUGGUCGAAGGUCCGACCUCGAUGCCCCAGCUACAAGGAUGAAGCCUGUUGAUUGGGCAAACGUGAAGCUUACGCCCAGCAACUGGAAGGUGCUGGACGCAAAAGCCAUUCACCGCGCGGCUAACGCCAAGGCGGUCGUUGUUCCACCCAAGCAACUCACUGAGGACGAGUCAAGAGAGUGGCGUGAGACGCACACGAUCACCGUGUUUGGCGAUGGGUGUCCGCCGCCAGUGACCAGCUUCGAUCAGCUCUCUUCGUUGGUGCCGGCGUACCUGCAAAAGAAACUCACUGCACAGGGAUUCGCAUCCCCCACGCCGGUGCAAGCGCAGGCAUGGCCUAUUGUCUUGCGUGGUCGCGAUAUGGUGGGGGUGGCAAAAACGGGGUCUGGUAAAACGCUCGCCUUUAUGGUUCCUGCGCUCGCACAUAUUGCGAUGCAGGAGCCGUUACGCGUCGGCGAUGGACCGAUGGUGGUCGUUCUUGCCCCUACCCGCGAGCUUGCACAGCAAAUUGAGCAGGAGACGAACAAGGUGCUUCCUCAAGAUGUGCGCUGUGGUUGCGUCUACGGCGGGUCACCAAAGGGGCCACAACUAGGGAUCCUGCGACAAGGCGUGCACGUUCUUGUUGCUACACCGGGGCGACUCAUUGAUUUCUUAGAGAUUAAGCGUGUCAACCUGUUCCGUGUGACGUAUCUUGUGCUGGACGAGGCCGACCGCAUGUUGGAUAUGGGGUUUGAGCCGCAGGUUCGUGCCAUAUGCGGGCAAAUACGCCCAGAUCGUCAAACGCUCAUGUUUUCGGCGACGUGGCCAAAGGAAAUUCAACAGUUGGCGGCGGAGUUUCAAAAGGAUUGGAUCCGCAUCAACGUGGGGAGCACCGAGCUCUUGGCCAACAAGGAUGUGACGCAGCGCUUUGUCCUCACCCAGGAACACGCCAAGAUGGAUGAGCUGAAAAGGCUCAUGGCGGAUCACCGCAACCAACGUGUGUUGGUCUUUUGCAAGACAAAGCGAACCGCCGACGACCUUGAGUGGCAGCUGAAGCGGUGGGGAUAUGAUGCCAUGGCCAUCCACGGCGACAAGGAGCAGCGGCAGCGCGAGUUUGUUUUGGAGCGCUUCAAGAAAGAUCCAAGACUCUGCGUCGUGGCGACAGACGUCGCCGCGCGCGGACUCGAUAUCAAGCAGCUGGAGACCGUCAUCAACUAUGACUUUCCAAUGCAGAUUGACGAUUACGUGCAUCGCAUUGGCCGCACUGGGCGCGCUGGGGCAAAGGGAGAGGCGUUUACGCUCAUCACGAAGCGGGAGCAACAGCUGACGCCGGCGGCAGUCACGGAGCUGAUUGCGAUUGUCGACCGGGCGCAGCAGCAGGUGCCCGACUGGCUCCGUGAAUGGGGUGAGCAGCAGCCGCGCUAUCAGGUGAUGAAGCGCAACCGCAACAUGAUGGGGUUUGGCGGCAGCCGGCACGCGCCUGCCCUGUACAACGGCAACCGCGCCUCCUUCGACGCCGCCGGUGACGGCCGUCACAAGAGCAGCGGCAAACAGCAAGGGGAGGGCGGCACGUUUGGUCUCGCACGCCACAGCAGCGGCGGCAGCGCCCCCUUCUCGUCCUCCAAAAUUGAGUACAAGCGCUUCGACGACAGCAGCGACGACGAUGCCGCCCCACCGGCGAAGAAACGGGCAAAGUAA